UGCAUGCUGGGAGUUGUAGGCCCUGGCUCGUUCCGCGCGUCACGUUCGUGGAGGCGCCGGUGUCUCGGUGGCCGCCGCGGGGGCGGGGCCGGGCCGCUCCCCGCACUCGGAGCCAUGGCCGGCGCCGGCAGGAAGAAGCAGGUUCGCUUCGCCCGGCCGGAGGCGGAAGAGACGCUGCGGGGCGGUGAGGGGCCGGCGGCGGAGCCGAGUCUCCUCCCGGAGCCCGCGCCGCGGCCUGAGGUGAUCGUAGCCGGCGGCGGCAGGCGCCGGGGCGGGGCGGGAGCGGCGCUGCUGCUGCGAUGGUGCAUCUCCGGGGUGCUGUGCGCGGGCUUCCUGGGCCUGGGUAUGAGCAUUGCUAUCCUGGGACCUACAUUUCAAGAUUUGGCUGCAAAUGUGAAUAAAAAUGUCAGUGAUAUUUACUACAUUUUCAUGGGUCGUUCUCUGGGGUACCUUGGUGGUUCAGUGAUUGGAGGGAUUAUCUUUGACUGCAUGAACCCUCAUCUCCUCUUGGGGUUAACCAUGCUGGGAACAGCAGUUGGUCUGUAUGCCAUACCAUGGUGUAAGAAAGCGCUAUUGUUAACUGCCCUGAUGUCAGUCAUUGGGACUUCUAUGGGUGUUCUAGACACAGGUGGAAAUGUCCUUGCAUUGAAUACAUGGGGAACAGACGCUGGACCACAUAUGCAGGCCUUACACUUCAGUUUUGCACUGGGUGCCGUUGUGGCCCCAAUCCUGGCAAAAAUGGCAUUGGGCAGCUUCAUAUCUCCUAAAGUCCAAACAGAAGAUGAAAAGACAAACCACUCUGUUCUGAGUGAUAUACCUAACGCACUGUCUGGAUCAGCAAUGACACUGCAUUCUAAUGUGAGCUUUACGUGGUCCUACAUUUUCAUAGGGACCUAUAUUUUGAUAGUUUCUUUGUUGUUUGUUGUUCUGUAUUCAAGGACCGGCUCAGUGCGAGAUAAAGCAAAAGCUUCUCUGCAGAAAUGCCAAAUUCCCAAAUACCACUGUGCCCUUCUCAUUCUCCUUUUCCUUUUUUUCUUUUGCUAUGUAGGAGCAGAGGUCACCUAUGGCUCUUACAUUUUCAGUUAUGCAAAGGUUUAUGCAGACAUGAAAAAAAGUGAAGCAGCUGGUUUGAACUCCCUUUUUUGGGGAGCAUUUGCAGCUUGCAGAGGACUGGCAAUCUGUUUUGCUACCUGCUUAUACCCUGGUACUAUGAUUCUGCUGAGUGUCAUAGGUUCCACUGUCUCUUCUCUGUUCCUGGCACUGUUCAGUAAGCAUCCAGUUUCGCUCUGGGUUGGGACAGCAGUGUAUGGUGCCUCAAUGGCUACCAUCUUUCCCAGUGGCAUUUCCUGGAUUGAACAGUACACCACCAUACAAGGAAAGUCUGCUUCUCUCCUUAUAGUUGGUGCUGCCUUGGGGGAGAUGUGCAUUCCAGCAGUGGUUGGGUUUCUUGGAGGAAAAUUUCACAAUGUCCCUGUGAUGAUGUAUGCUGCACUGGGAGCAUCUGUAAUGACAGCAGUACUAUUUCCUGUGAUGUAUAAAUUAGCCACAUCUCCCAGUGAGAGUAAGUUAAAAGAUGGUGGUGGGAACGAGGACCAGAAAGCUUUGUUGUCCAACUUUGAAUUUAAUGAAGAUGAGGAAGAUGAAGAGGAUGCAGGAGAAUGGAAUGAAGCAGACUUUGAAGUAAUUGAAAUGAAUGAUACAGUGAGAGAGUCUGUGGUAGAGACAUCUCAAAAGAUCCCAGGGGAGUCUCCAGCUAAAGUGUCCAUGCAGCCACCUUCAAACAUAUUUAAUUCUUCUCCAGUGAUUGCUCUUAGCUCCCCAGGGAGAAAGCAAUUCAAUAGAGACAGAGAGAAGAACGAUUAAAGGAAAAACUAGGCUGCUUACUUGAAAUGACUGCCUGGGUUCUGUAAGGUGGUAAUCACAAUCAAAUAAGCUGUUUUUAUAAAGAGAUUCAGAAUUUUAAUAGUGGUACAAAGCCAAGUGUUUCAGCCUCCGUGCUUGCCAAAUCCCAGGUUAUGCUUUAUUUUAGUCUGCAACCAUUGAUCCUGGAGUGGCAAAAAAUGUGUAUGUUGGACACACCAAAGAGGGAGUCUGUGGUAAUACGAUCAGGUGUUGUCAUGGAACUAAAAGCAAUUUAGACUAAACAUAUGGGACACAUUUCUUAAAUGUGUGGCUGUAAACAGUUUCUCGAAGAAAGUGGUGGGCACCCUAAUGUAACUUAAAGUGAGAUUGUUCGGAGUAUUUUAAACAUAUUUUUAGAACAAUCCUUCAUUGGCAGGAAUAGACCAGGAUACACAGUGAUCUUAACUGAUCACACUCAUACAAAUCAGAAAUGAGAGAAGAAUAGUGAACUUCUUGAAUCUAGUGAAGGGGAUAUUCCAUGGCACUUAAAGUUUGGUAUGUAACAUAAACCAGGAAAUUAAGUUAAACAACAAGCUGUCGGUUGUGUCCUUGUCCUUUUGGGAAAGUGGAAAAGUUGAUAGUUAAUGGAUGUAUUGUUGACCUUGACUGGGAAUUGCCUGGCUUUGUCAUUUUCAUGUAAUGUUGUUUAAAUAUAGAUUUCUGUGUUCAUUUUAAAUCAUGGAAACAUCAAAUGUGUUACACUAGAAUAAAAUAUUUAUUUAGGGAGGUUUUUAAAAAUGUGUAUUAUGUACUCGUUCCAAGGUUGCUUUGAAGAACAAAACGGUUUGUCGCACAUCUGCUGCAUUUUUUAUUUUGAGAGGAUGGAGAGAGAGGACAAGUGAGUUUUUAAAAAGUAGUUGUGCUGACCUGCUAUAAUUUUUAACUCUUGAUUGUUGAGCCAUUAUGAGCUACUCUUUAAUCAAUGUUUGAUAACAAACUACUGGUGUCACAGGCAGUAUACACAGUAGCGUAAUUACUUUACCUAUACCAAAGCUAAAUUUCAAAGGCAAUUUUACCUUCUUAGUAACCAGGAACCCCUAGUCCAUAGUAUUGACUGAGGCCCUUAACUCUCAAAUCAAAUUGUUCAAACAAAAGUUUUAAAGAUCUGUUCUGGCUUUCCCUGAAGUUAAUAGCAAAAAUCCAGUGGGAGCACAUACUUCUCUAGAAAAGGAAAAUACAUAUCUUUUUUCAAAGCAAAAUGUACAAAACUGUCUGACUGUGUGCAAAGCUUAGCUUAUGGCACACUUCAAUAGCUGUUUACUUCUGGAAAAUUAAUAGGUUACAGUUACUAAUGAAACCUUCCCUUUUCUAACAGCCACAGUAUUGACUGCAAUCCAAGUUCUGAAAGGUACCAGAGGGUGACCUAUAACUGCUUCUUUUGUGCAAGUUGAAUUGGUGCCCUCUGCUUUUUACUCUGGUAACAUUGUAAUGUUUCAGAUACUUUGGAUGAUGUAUUUGGAAGCUGCCUUAAGAGAAGGUCCAUGUUUUGCACAGAUGAGGUACAGUGGAGUGUUUCAUGAACGUCUUGGGGGGGGGUGUGUGUGAGAGAGAGAUUGGAAAUAUCAUGCUGGGGGAGGGGAGAAACACUGAGUGCUAGCAAAUAAAUAAAUCGCCAUAAUGCCAAGAACAGACAAAUAUCGAAAGUGUUGCUUAGAAUUAAUUUGGAGCCUUCCAUUUAAUGCAGUCCUUCUAUUUGAAAACCCAGAUUUUGAAGGCAGCUUUCUCUGAGGCUGCAUCAUCAAAACUUGCUGUUUGUAUUGCUCAUUGGAUAGUUAAGACUUUUGUUGAUAAUUUUACUUUUGUAGUAAGAGUUGCAGUUUUCUUAUUUACAUUUGGAGUGUUUCUGUUGUGGUACAGAAACCUUUUUUUAGAAGUUUGGGUUUAUGACUGCUUCCGCUCUUCUCUCUCUUACCCCCCCCCCCCCCCUUUACAAAUUUCGCUUUCCUCUGAAAUCUGAGGGGAAGAAAUGGAGCAAGACCUAGCCAUACUGGAAAACUUUUGCAGUUUAUGGUGAGAGACAAUGAAAUCUUGAAGACAUUCCCCCUCCCUGCUACACCAUAAUGUUAGUGUAAAUGCCAGUGUGUUGCCUGUUUUUUCUGCAAAGGAGGGGAGCAGGAUAAGAUAAUUGGAUACUGACAGACACAUUUUAAUAAUGGACUGGUUCUGCUCCUUGAGUUGUCUGUUCAGAAGGGUAUAUUUUACCUACCUGGGUCUGUGAUUAAACACUGGUAGGUAAUCUGACUAGAUUUUUUUUUAAUUUAUAUCUUCAUAGCUUCUGUUGUAGUAUCACACCUGCUAUAUCAAUGCAUUGCUAAACUUGGAUUAUGCUGUUUCAGUUGUUGCAUGAAAGCUCUCUCCUUCCCUUACUUAAAUAUUUACAAGCAUUACACUGUUAAGGACCAUAUUCUACCCUUGGAUGCAUAUGGCUGCCCAUAAAGUCAAUGGAGGCAGCUCUGCAUAUGCAUUUACAAUACUAGAGUUUGGCCUACAGAUCAGUAUAGAAAAUAACAGCUGAACUGUAGUGGUGGAGAUCUUGGCUUAAAUAAGGAAGUCUAGGAUAAGCUUUUGUUACAUUCUGAAAAUAUUAUUGAAAUUCUAUACUAAUAAAGCACGUACCAUUUAAUACUAUUUAUGCCUAAUAAUUGGAAAGCAUGAAUACUCUGUGCAACAACGUGUGCAUGGAUGGCAAAAAUCCCACAAAUGACUUUGAAAAUAAGCAUAUUAAGAAAGGUGGUGAGUCUCUCAUACUUGGUGCUUUUUUCCAGACUUUUUACAAAGGGGUGUAAUAGAUCUGUUGUUGCUGUAGGAUCCUGAACGGAAAGGGUUACAACAACAGCAAAUCUGACACAGACAUGCUGUCUACGUAUGUGUGUUGUUUGAAACAAAACAGGCUUAACUACCUUUUGGAGGCGUUUUAGACUUUUUUUGUCAAUCAACUGGGUUUUUACUAAAAGUGAUACUCAAGCUUUAACCAUUACUGGUUUUAAAGAGGAGCUUUUACUUGACAUAAAAUCUAAACACAGUAUGUUGUUGAAUCAUCAGUUCUAUUUUGUUUUGUUUUUUUUUAUAAACCCUGUUUAGUAUAACCUCUUGUAAGCCAGUGAUGGGUGGGAAGAAAGUGGAGGCUUUGUUCACUAAGUCUAGAGCAUCUCUUUUGGCAUCUCCAUUCUUUACAGCCAGUGAUCUUGUAGCCAGAGGAAAAAUUUUUUAAACCCUUUUGACCAGCAUACAUGUUUUUAAUAAACCAUUUAAACUGAAUUAGGAAUCAGGAAUUUCAUUCCUCUCUCCCAUCAACAUUAAAACAAGCAUGAAACAAAGCAAUAGGGCUAGUGCUGGGAGACUGAAAGGCUAAAUUAACUUUUUUUUAUUUUUGUGCUAAGGGAGGGAUAAAGUGAGGAUGACGACAGACAAAAAGAAAAAGCAAUUUGAAGAGGGAGGUAAUGUAAGCAAGGUCAUUCUCAAAAAUGUCUAAUCAGUUUAUACCCUGGUAGUGAAAAUGAAAUCCAAACUCCAUGGAGAAACUUGGGCUCCAUAAUCAGAAACUUACUUUAAGUUUGUGAUCAUAGCUGCUUUCUCCACAGUGGGCUGCUCAGUGUAGAGAGAUUACAUAAUAUGGAGGUUUUAUUUCAAGUUCACUGUAUAAAUUCCUGCAUGAUACAUGCACCUAAAUAAUAUUUUAAAUAUAUUUAUAAUGUAUCAUAUAAAUGAUCAGAGGGUUCCCUUGUGAUACAAUAUAAGAGUGGCAAAGUGUAACACUCAAAUAAUUGGGGUAGCGUAAAGCUUUUUCUCUCACAGGACAACUGAUGGAAAAAUUGAAACUUAGAAAUGCAAUAUGUAGACAAAACCAAAUCUGUGGUGUAGGUCAUCAACUGCUUUGACUAAUGUCAUGUGGAAAUCUAGAAUCAAGUUAUACAUUUAAAAAUUACUUAGUAAUAAGCUUGUCUGUAAGUCAUUCCUAAAAUGUUCAGAUUGACCCCUAGUACCCAGUAUUUUUGAGUGAUCACCCAUCUCUUCAAAUUUGAGCACUUUAGUUAUUAUGCAAUGAAAACGGUGAUGGGAUGUACUUGCACAACAGCCAGCUUUCCCUCACUACCCCCUUUCAACAACUGUAUUUAAAUGUAUAUAGGCAGUUUUUGUACAUCAGGUGAUACAUACUGUUAAAUGUAAAAUAUACUAAAGAAAGACCAGCCAGGAUGUAAGUCAGUUUAGAUUGAUUAAGAAAUUAAUGAGUGACAUGCUGCCUUAGAAUAUUACAAGUUUCCUCUGCUGUCAUCUUAAGAUCCAACAACUAUAUAAAAGUUGCAGCCUUAUGUCAGUCACUCUGUUGAGGGAUUUCUGGGCUUUUUGUUAGCUGGAAAACACAAGUUACUGGUGUUUACUUAAAUUCAUGUAGCUUUAGUAUAUUUGAAUGUUAAAAGUUUCCUGGUUAAACUGCAAUACCUGGUAAGUGCCUUCUUUGUCAGUCAAUCAGUGUUUAAUUAGGACCUUAGUUUUGAAUUUGAUCAGAACCUUAAGAGACAAAGUAUUUUAUACUAGAAACAACCAAUGUCCUCCAUAUUUUUAUUGGUUAAUUUGAUUUGGCAAUACAGUUGUCAUUUUAAGAAACCCUUGUUUCCUUAAGUGUCAGUGAUCAUCUUUAAAUAGUACAACAUUUCAGUUAUAGGCUUGUGGGAGCUGUGUUAUGCUCAGUGAUAGCUAACUGAAUUAAUAGCAGUUGCUUAUGUCAUUGAGAAUCACAGGAACAGACUGAAGAAAGAGGAAAACACUAUGAACAUUUGCACAUCAGUGCAAUAAGAUCUGUUCCUCUUGCUUCAUAGUUAAGGUGGGCAGCUGGCAGCAAAUUGUCAUCUAUUAGUAUAUUUUCAUUUAGCCUGAAGAUUGUCAAUUUCCAUUAAAAAAACAGAAUGCAAUACUGUUUUUAAGAUGAAGCAUUUAAAUGGUAAGGAACAAUGUGAAGGUAUUUUUGGUAUUUGCACUUUUAUCUCCUAAAUGAGACCGCACAAAGCUAGUAAUCUCAAGUAAGCAACAGUUCUUUGUGGUUUUUCCGUUACUCCAGUCUUAUUGUUGCUUACUGCUUAUGCAACAAUCUACACUUACAUGAAUUGAGUUUUUUCCAUGCUUUUGUGUAUGGUGGGCUUUUUGAUUUAAUAUAUUUAGGUUGAAAACUGCUUGAUGUUUACAUGACUGUGUAAUGUGAAAUUUAUUGGAUAAACUGUUUCUUGAAUGUAAUAAAUUGCUCUAAUUUACAAACAGGAGUAUCUUUUUAUAAUAAAGCUUGUACUGUGUUUCUGAACACUA